GUUGCUGCAUAAUCACCGUUACGCAAGCGACGUGCCGACACAGACAUCCAAUAUGGCGGCAGAUCCAGUCAAGAACCCCAGCAUGGAGGAGUCCACCAUCCCCAGGAAGGAUAUCGACGUCGAGAGCUCCACCGGUGAGACGGCAGUCAUUGCCGAGACGGCAAGAGUCUUGGACCACGCCGCCGAAGUCAAGCUCACCCGCAAAUUCGACUUUCGCAUCCUCCCAAUCUUGGCUGUCAUGUACCUCUUCAACGCGCUGGAUAAGGGAAAUUUGGGGAAUGCUCAGACGGCAGGAAUGUCAGACGACCUGGGCUUCAAGUCCAACCAGUACAACAUAAUCGUCUCGAUCUUCUUCGUGCCCUACGUCAUCUUCGCGCCCCCGAUCGCCAUGCUGGGCAAGAAAUUCGGCCCCAGCCUCGUCCUCCCGAUCCUCAUGUUCUGCUUCGGCACCAUGACCCUCCUGGUGAGCGCGGCCAAGAACUUCAGCGGCGUCUUUGCCCUGCGCUGGUUCCUGGGAAUGGCGGAGAGCGCCUUCUUCCCUCUCGUCAUCUACUAUCUGACGACCUUCUACCGUCGUGGCGAGCUCGCCCGCCGCCUGGCCCUGUUUUACGCCGCCUCCAACAUUGCCAGCGCCUUCGCUGGCCUGCUGUCCUUCGGUGUCUUCCAGAUCAAGUCGCACCGCCUCGAGAGCUGGCGCUACCUGUUCAUCAUCGAGGGCAGCGCCAGCGUGCUCUUCAGCAUCUUCGCCUACCUCUACCUUCCUAGGUCAGCCGCCGAGGCCAAGUUCCUCAGCGCCGAGGAGAAGGACCUCGCCCUCUACCGCAUGCAGGUCGACUCGUCCUCGGUCGUGUCCGAGAAGUUCAAGCUGCGCGAGGCCCUCAAGAUCUUCCGCUACCCGUCCACCUAUGCCUUCCUCGCCAUCGAGGUCUGCCUCGGCGUCCCACUGCAGUCUGUCUCGCUCUUCCUGCCGCAAAUCGUCAGCGCCCUCAAGUACUCCACCGUCAAGACGAACCUGUACACCGUCGCACCCAACGUCACCGGCGCCGUCAUGCUGCUGAUCCUCGCCUUCAGCUCUGACUUCCUGCGCAUUCGAUUUCCGUUCAUCGUGCUGGGGUUCCUGUUCACCUUCUGCGGGUUCAUCAUCUUCGCUAGCAUCGAGGACGUCACUGCUCAGAUCCACGUGGCUUAUUUCGCGACUUUCAUGAUGUGCUGGGGCACUAGUGCUCCCUCGGUUAUUCUGAGCACAUGGUACAAUAACAACAUCGCGGACGAGAACAAGCGUAUUACGAUGACAUCCGUCGGUGUGCCGCUGGCGAACCUGAUGGGUCUCGUGAGCAGCAACAUCUUCAUCAAGAAGGAGGCUCCCAAGUACGAGACCGCUCUGAUCACGACAGCCGUCUUUGGCGCGACUGGUGCUUUCAUUGCGGCGUUGACGGGCGCUUACAUGAUCUGGGACAAUGCAAGGCGCAACAGGAAGGCUGGCGUCAAGACGGACGCCCGAGAUGUCCCUACGUCCAAGCUGAGGGACGGGCCUAGUGUGCCCGAGUUCCGGUGGUUCCUGUAA